CAUAGCCCAUACUCGCGUAUUAUGCAAAAUGGCUGAAGCUUCUGCUCCUCCUGAUCUCUCAACAUAUCAAUAUGACCCUUGCUGUCCCUUGCCAACUGGUUUGAUCACUCGGACUCUAUUAUUAGGAAUGGGAUUAUUUUAUGAGUGUGAGAGUCUUUCAGAACUCAACUCUUCAGACCCUCGGACUUUUGUAUCGUAAAUGUAUAUUCAUUUUAAGGUACUCAAAAAAGUCUUGCUUCUAAGUAAAGGGGUAUCCGAUAAAUUGCAAUCUGAAGACUUGGACGUUGUUACCGGCUGCGAGAGGGUUACAGAUCUGCUCGCCUCAAUCAGGGCUCUUCGGUGCGAACCAAAGUUUGAAGCUUUCUGGGAAAGUACUCUUCAAAAAUGCCGCAUACUAAGUAUUGAAGAACCAAAAGAUGAACGCGUACGUAAGAUUCCUCGGAGAAUUGACGACAAUCCCGAAACCGCCGUCCACCUGUCGCCAAAAGACAAGUUUAGAGUUUCUUUCUAUUAUAAUGUAAGUCACUCGAUUACCGGAUUACGCAUAUGUAUAAUUAUAGGGUUGCCCGCCUAAAUAUAGACUGUCUCUAAUACAAAAUAAAAAGUAAACGUAGGUGUGCAUUUAAUACUAUCAAACUCAUUAAUAAUUUAUGAGGAAAAUUGAAAAGAAAUACAUGUUUAAUCAGUGUCUGUAUACGCUGAUAAAGAACCGUCCUGAUUUGCAUAAACUUUUCUCGCAAUUUUCUAAGUUUAUAACAUUUAUUUUUUAAACAUAAUUUGAAAACAUGAUUGUCUGUUUGAGGUCGUUUGAUAAGUAAUUUACAAAAUUCGUGUCCGUUCUGUAUCAGUGUACACAGAUACUCGUGCGAAGCACUCGUGUCUGUAUACACUGAUACGGAACGGCCAGUUAUUUUGUAAAUAGUACUAAAAGUAGGUGUAUUAAAGAAUGUUUAGAAUUAUUUUCUAUAUUGUAGAUACUAGAUCUUAUGAGCUCCUCAAUUGAAAGCCGUUUCGACAAACAUAAUGCGCCAGUUCUAAAGGGACUUGGAUACUUGGGUCCAUCUCGUUUAGCCAGUCCAGAAGCUUGGGAAAACAUAUCUUUAGCAGUCCAGUGGUUCCAAAGUGACCUAGAUGUUGAUGCAUUAGAGAGCGAAAUCUUUUCUUUGCAGACAUCAUUGCUGCUCACCAAUGUCAAUAAAAAAGCGAAGUCCGAGAAGAGAAAGGCCAGUUUUGACGACCUAUUCAAGGUGUUGCAAACGGAACCAGAAUGCUACGGAAACGUCAUAAAGCUAAUGAAAAUAACUUUGACACUGCCACUUACCUCAACUAGUGCUGAAAGAGCAUUUUCGAAGUUGAAACUGAUCAAGUCCAGACUAAGGUCAACAAUGAAGCAAGAAAGCCUAGAAAGUCUUAUGCUGAUGUCUGUGGAAGCCGACAUAUUGGAACAGCUUGAUCUGGAAGAGCUUGUAGAAAAAUUUGUAGAUAUGGCUCCAAGAAAAAUGGAUUUAGUUUAAAGUUAGAUGGAUUCAGUUUAAAUUUAGAUAGCAUAGCAAAUGUGUAAUGAUGACAAUAGGUCUAAAAUUUUAUGAAGUUUUCAGUUGGUAAUCAACAUAAUUAUUAAAUCUAAAGAUUUUGUCAAGGGUAUUGCGUCUUGUUCUAGAGUAAUAUAACCGAAUUUUGUGAUUUAUGACCGUCCAAUUACUUUAAAAACUCGUAUCAGAAUGCAGGAAAUGGCGUUUCCGAGCCCUGGAAACCAAAAUUUUCCCGGGGGAACAUGCCCCCGGACCCCCCUAGGGGGUUCGUGGCUUCGAACCUCUUGCCCCCCCAAACAUUCGACCCUGGCUACGCCACUGAUUGUGACUAAAAUGUAGCAGUCACAAGCCUUUAAAUCUGAUUUUAAAUAUACGCGAUGUUUCAGCCGCAUUUUAGCUAUUUCCUAACACACGCAUACACAAAAAUUGUAUAACACAGCA